AUGUCUCUGUCAAAAAAGAGAAAAGUGGACACAGAGUGCAGAGUUUUCCAAGAAAAAUGGUCAUCAUCCUAUUUAUUCACAGAAGUGAAUGGGAAACCUGUGUGUUUGGUAUGUUCACAGCAGGUUUCAGUGCUGAAAGAAUAUAACCUACGAUGCCACUAUGAGACUCUUCAUGCCGAAAAAUACAAAAACUUGCAAGGACAGCAGAGACUAGAGAAGGUAAAUGAACUUUUGACGGCUCUGAAGAAGCAGCAGUCUGUGUUUUCUCGUAGCCGAGAAAUAAGUGAUGCUGCAGUGAAAGCCAGCUACCUUAUUGCUAAUGAAAUUGCACUGGCUUCAAAACCAUUUAGUGAGGGUGAAUUUGUGAGGACAUGCAUGCUGAAGGCUGCAGAGACUGUGUGCCCUGAAAAGCGUCAGGCUUUUGCAAAUAUCAGCCUGACAAGAAACACAGUUGCAGACAGGAUUUCUGAUCUUGCAGAGGAUUUGGACAGCCAAUUGAAGCACAAAGUAAAGUCAUUUAUUGCAUUUUCAGUUGCAAUCGAUGAAAGCACGGACAUUACAGAUGUUGCGCAACUGGCGAUAUUCAUCCGCGGAGUUGAUGACACUUUGACCGUUACCGAGGAGUUCGUGGAGUUGGUGCCAAUGACGGACACCACAACAGCAGCUAAUAUUUUCACCGCCCUCGUCGGAACGCUGGACAGGGUUGGAGUGGACUGGACUCGCACUGUCAGCCUGGCUACAGAUGGUGCACCUUCAAUGACCGGGAGAAAAGCAGGUGUUGGGACAAAAUUCAGAGAGAAGGUGCAGGCUGCAAAUGGAGGACGUGAUUUUUGGAGUUUUCAUUGUAUUUUGCAUCAGGAGGCAUUGUGUUGCAAGUCAUUGAAGAUGAAUAAUGUCAUGGAGGUGGUCGUCCGAACUGUAAAUUUCAUCCGAUCCAGAGGCCUGAAUCAUCGUCAGUUUGACAGCCUUCUCAGAGAGAAAGACCACAACUAUGGCCUGCCAUACCACACCGAGGUAAGAUGGUUAAAUCCAGGUGCUGUGCUGAGGCGCUUCUUUGAUUUAAGAGGGGAAAUCAAACAGUUCAUGGAAAAAAAGGGCAAACCAGUGUUAGAAUUUAAGUCAACAGAAUGGAUGCAGGACCUUGCAUUUAUGGUGGAUGUUACAGAACACCUGAAUAACUUGAACAAAAUGCUGCAAGGGCGCAGCAAAGUUGUCACGCAGUACUAUGACAGCAUAUGUGCGUUCAAAUUGAAGCUGUCAUUGUGGGAGACACAACUCGCAGGUGGUGAUGCUGCUCACUUUCCUUGUCUGAAAGAUGUGUGCGCGACCCAACAUGCAGCAGACAUGAGGCGGUUUAAAGAUAAAAUAACGGAACUAUUGCGGGAGUUUGAGCAACGCUUUCAGAUUUUUGGUGAACUGGAGAAAGACUUCAAAGUUUUUUGCUCGCCAUUCAGCGUGAAUACCUCUGAUCUGCCCGUCAACAUCCAACUAGAAAUAAUAGACUUGCAGUGUGACUCAGAUUUGAAGGGCAAGUUUGCGGCAGCUGGCUUGGACACGUUUUACCAGCAUCUCUUGCCAGGUUACCCCAACUUGACAGCCCUUGCUGCAAAAGUGUUGUGCAUGUUUGGAACCACAUAUCUUUCUGCGCUCAAGGUCACGGACAAGCACUUGAAUGACAUCCUGAAACUGGCUGCCACUCAGGAUGUGAUGCCUAAUAUUGAUGCACUUGUGAAAGAAUUUUCAGCUAAUUUGAAGUGUUUUGUAAAGAACAUUAUUUGUGAUGUGUUCAGAAUGUACCAAAGUAAAACAAAGGAAACACAUCUGAAGUUGUCCUUAUUCUUAAGUUAUACCAUGAUUUUACCAGUCCGGCCCACUUGGGAAUAG